AUGCCAGCAUCUCAACUCUGCCGCUCGAGCCUCCGAGGAUCAUAUUUUGCUGGACGAAGCCUGCUCUUGACCUUGUCCUUGUCCAGGACCCGACCGUCACCAUCGUCGUCACACCUGCGCCGUUUCUCGGAGUGCUUAUCCGGCCUGCGUGGUCUGGCAAUUCCAUUCGGUGACCAUGAAACUACAUCGGCAUGGCACCUGAAUGGUGAUGCGAACUCGCUUGGCUCCCGAUUCGUCACAUCCGAACCACCUCGAAAGGAACCGUCUCUUCGCUCCCACACCCACACAGCCAAGUCGGGGACCGAUUCAAGGCUCCAGAGGCGCCAGAAAACCGACGACAGAAAACAUGGCGGUCGGCGGCUGAAGCAAGUCUCGCGGUUCCUCAGACCCAACACGCGGAAAGUUCCGCCUGCCUUGACGGAUUUCAAAGGCUUCAAGUCGACGUAUCAACCCUACCGGGGGCAGUUGACGCCAGAGUGUUGGAAGCGGAUGCAGGAGGAGAGAGCGAUAUAUCAGCAAUGGGGCUACAUCCGCCAUCAAUAUCCAAAAUCCGACUUGGGUCCGGUGAGGCGGGCCUUCAAGCGGUGGAAAAAGAUGCUGCACCACGUUCUGAAUCCCCAGCAACCAUCCUCGUGGCCUUGGCGCGAGGACGGGAGGUGGCUAUUCGAGCUUGAUACUUCUGCAGCCAUGCGCAAGGCCUGGGAGUUGACUUUGCCGCCGACGAGACAGCAGCAAUGGCCGACGGUCAUGCUCUCGACGAUGCAUCUCGCUCCGGACAAGAUCGGACUCGUUCUCGACGCCACGCUGGAUCCUCUUCCGCCAGGUUAUGCCAUCCACGACGUUUUGCUGUUCGUCGCCAAACGCCUAGACCUAGGGCGCGUCAAGUCCACGACGGAACGAACGGCGUUGGCCGAACAAACCCUCUGUCUUGCGGCACGGGUUGUCGAGGAUAGCCCGGUCAGACAUGUACCGUUUGCGCAGAGGACUUUCGGACUUUUGGCAAAUAAGCUGCCGGCUCACCAGGCCGGCGAACUGUACAUGAUCUUGAAGCGAGCUGGUAUCAAGCUGCACCCCAAUACCCUCAUUCAGUUCGCGAGGAGAUUGGCCGACGACGUGGCCCACAAACACACGGCCUUUCAGAUCAUCAAGGACCUGGCGGAUGGCGGCAUGGAUCUCAACGACAUAAGGGCCGCCAGCGUCAUCACCUCGCUGCUCCACCACAAAAUCGGUCACGACGGCCUUUCGUCGCAGCGGAGGCAACCAUUCUCGCCAAAGGACGGGCUCCAACACUUGGUUGAAAGGGGCUUUUGGCCAAACGUCAUCACCGCCACCGCCCUGCUCGACUCUCUCUGCCAGCAGGGCGAAGUGGAGGAAGCCAUCCGGCUCGCUCUCCUCUUUUCCGAAGCUGGCGUCCAGCUCGACGCCAAGGCAUGGGCGACGGUGUACAGAGGGGCCAGGGGCAGCCUCAAGGUCGACAACGUCGUCAAGGCCCUCGACGUGGCGCGUGCUGCCGAGGCGCCGUAUGUGGAUGUCUUGAACAACGCGCUGCACAGCAUUUUAUUUUUCGCCGAGAUGGAGUCUCGCGAGAAGAGGCUUCGCGUGCCACGACCGCUGCCGAUAUUUGCACCCAUGCUACGCAAUUACGCCAAAAAGUUUGAGCUCGAGCCCCUGCAAUGGUGGAUGCCCGACGCCUUGCCUUUGUUGUUGUCGCAGCAGCCACCGGGCGAGCCCGUCGCGCCGCUCGAGGGAGCCCAACAACGGGAAUGGGAGUUUCAACACUCCAUCUUACCCGUCGUGGACGCAUUCUUCUCCGCCGGUGAAGGUCCACGGCUGCGGCCCAACUCGACGACAAUCGCCAUCAUGCUGAGGGCGUACAUCAAGAGCCUCGAGCAACCGUACGACCUGAUGGCAUAUUACAACUUCUUCAAGUCGCGGCUCGAGGGGCAAGUUCAGAGUAUUGCCGGGAAGGGGGUUCUCGGCAACCAGGGCAGUCUCAUCCAUGACACCUUCAUUCUGGCCAUGACGGAUCAUCCAGGCCUGUUCCGGUCGGCUCUCCAGAUAUUCGGCGACAUGCUCAAGGACAACCUGAAAGCGGGCGGGCCGGAAGGGGGCGAGACGCGUGGGGAGGGUGCCGUUGCGGCCAUGGAGCCCAUCCACCCGGCCCCGACCGUACUCACCUUUACCAUACUUUUACGCGGCCUGAUGAACAGCGGCGAGAGAAACCUCGCGAAGCAGGUGGUUCAGGUGAUGCGUGAGCACGGCGUCGAGCCAACCCUCGUGACGUGGAACACGCUCAUCAAGGGGCACGCAUCGAUGCAGGACAUUGGGAAAACGGUGGCGACGCUUCAAGGCAUGGAGGCGGCGGGCUUCAAACCUGACAUAUACACCUACAAGGCGUUUGGAAAGCUUCGGAGCCAGACGAAGGCACUUGAGAUGAUGGAGGGCAUCAUCGAUGCCAAUAGGAAGCGAAUGGAUGAGGACAUCAUGUAG